CAGGUCAGCAGGACGAGCGUAGCUUCAGCAGCGAGGAGGAGUACUUAGCCUCCCUCGAGGCCCAGGCGGAGCUGCCUUUAGGCUUCAAAAUCGCCACCCAGAGCUUGAAGUUCGUACCCGAGGAGGCGCAGGAGAUGGGCGAGCUGCCUAUGCGCCUCACGGUGAUCUCGUUGGAGGAGCCCACGGAUCGUGUGGCUGCGGUCUUCACGAGUAACGCCUUCCCUGGGGCCCCGGUCCGUGUGGGACGAAGGCGGAUGGCGGAAAGCGGCAAACUGCAGGCCGUGGUCAUUAACAACAAGAUCAGCAACGUGUCGCCCCCGGACUCCGACGGGGGCGUAUCAGCCAGCGAGACCCUUUGCGCAGAGCUGGCGAAACAGCUGAGCCUGGAGAGCGCUGAGCUGGUGCUUCCCAGCUCCACCGGGGUCAUCGGCUGGCGCCUGCCGGUGAAGGAGAUGGUGGCGGCUUUGCCUCAAGCCGAAGAUCUGGCCACCGGCAGCGCGGUGCCGGCGGCGAAGGGCAUCAUGACCACGGACCGCUACCCAAAGCUGGCGGCCCGUGAGUUGUCCCAGGGCCGGCUGGUGGGCAUCGCCAAGGGCGCGGGGAUGAUCGAGCCCAACAUGGCCACCAUGCUCUGCUUCUUGCUGACAGACGUGGAUUUGCCCCGCACGGAGCUGCAGACGAUGCUCACCGAGGCAGUGGCAGACACCUUCAAUUGCAUCUCAGUGGACGGGGACGAGUCCACCAGCGACACUGUGGCCUUGCUUUCCAGUGGCCAGGCCGGCCCCGUGCCCAAGGAGGAGUUCCAGGCGGCGCUGCAGGCGGUCUGCGCGGACCUCGCGGCGCAGGUGGUGCGCAACGGCGAGGGCACGGGCCACGUGAUCCGCGUGGCGGUGACGGGGGGCGACACCCCAACAGCCCGGAGCGUGGCGAAGGCGGUGGCGAAUGGCCCGCUCUUCAAGUCCGCUAUUGCGGGUAAUGACCCCAACGUGGGGCGCCUCAUCGGCAAGGUGGGGCAGGCACUGGGGUCCGCGGCCUCGCUGGCGGACGGCUGCGUGUGCAGAAUAGGGGGCGAGACCAUCUUCGCAGAGGGCCAGUUCCAACUGGACACUGAGAAGGAAAAGCGCUUGAGCGGGCACCUCAAGUUCGCUUCUGCAGAUUGCGAGUCAUCGUAUCCACAACAUCGCCGAGUCGUGGACGUGGAGGUGAUGUUGGGGGGCGGGGGUUCCGGCAAGGCAGUAGUGCUGGGCUCGGACUUGACCACGGAGUACGUGAAGAUCAACGCGGACUACCGCUCCUGAGCUCCCGGACUACCGCCUUGGAGCGUUUUUUUGUUUUCUUCUCGUGCUCGCGCAAAGGACGCGAGCCGAGCCACGAAGACAGUGGUUUGCUCCGAUGGGCAAAAAUGGGAAGCA